GUCCAAAAGCACCAAUCACGUUUGAUUAUACUGCUUUAUUCUGACGACUGUCGCGCGCGCACCACUACCACAAGAACUACGCGGACGACUACUUCUUUUGCAUCUGUACGAUUUGUACGACUUUGUUCGUAUAACCUCAAUUCCUGUUUAACUGUCAAGUUUGGCGGGCUUACACGGUCGAAGCAGGUCGGAGUGAAUUCGAAGCAUACGAUGGCUACGCCUCCGAAUACCGGACUGUCCUUUGGCACUCUAAAACCCACGACAGCACUCACUGGUCUGACUUUCGGUACUCCGACUACCAUGGCCACUGGGGCUGGUUUCGGUCUCGGCGGUGGUAUAACCGCGACGACCACGUCCAUAUCGACUGCGUCGAGCCUGCCGAGUUUUACGAAUCUUGCGAGCAGCGGAACGACCAUGUCCGCGGCAACGGGACUCUCGUUCGAUCCCACGAAAGCGUCCACUAGCGCGACUACGGGAUUCCCUAUCAUGACAACCACGGCAGCACCAGGUUUCAGUUUUGGGGUCGGGGCAUCAAAACCUAUGACAGGAUCUACCAGCUUGACCUUUGGUACUCCAAACACCAUGACCACUGGAACUGGAUUUGGUCUUGGCAGUACAAUUGCGACUACAACAUCUACAACGAACGUACCAAGCUUUAGCCUUUCUAGUAGUACAGCACCAGUGGCAUCUACGGCGCCAGGACUUUCAUUUGACGCCGCAAAAACGGGUACAACCACAACCUCAACUACUGGAGGAUUUGCUCUUGCGACAACUACAGCAGGAUUUAGUUUUGGAAUGGGAACAUCAACAACUACCUCCACAGGAUUUCCUUUGAGCAAAACUACUUCUGCUGUUGUUGCAACAAGUCUAGCAGCACCUUCCACUCUUACUUCGUUAGGUACCACCACUACCGUUAGUUCCGCGACUGGUAUUCAAUCAGGGGCUAUUAAUUUCUGUCAGCUUGAAGAAUCUAUUAACAAAUGGACCUUAGAGUUAGAGGAGCAAGAAAAAGUAUUUGUGAAUCAAGCAACACAAGUUAAUGCUUGGGACAAAUUGUUAAUAACAAAUGGGGAGAAAAUAGUAACAUUGAAUCAAGAAGUUGAAAGAGUGAAAAUUGAGCAGCAGCAAUUGGAGCAUGAACUGGAUUAUGUUGUUGGACAACAGAAAGAGUUGCAAGAAUGUUUAGUACCAUUAGAAAAGGAGCUAGCAUCUCUUUCUGUUUCUGAUUCCGAUCGAGAGUACACUUAUCAAUUGUCCGAGAAUCUCGAUACCCAGUUAAAACGCAUGUCAGAGGAUCUGAAAGAAAUAAUAGAACAUUUGAACGAAGCGAACCGUGCUCAGGAUUCCAGCGAUCCGAUUGUCCAAAUUGGAAAGAUUUUGAACGCGCACAUGAAUAGUCUGCAGUGGCUGGAUCAACAGACAGCCAUGUUGAAUCAGAAAAUACAACAGAUUGAUCAAAUACAUCAGAGUUUCAGGCAAGAAAGCGAACAGAAUUUACAUUUAGCUUACAAUUAACUUUAUGCAUUGAUUUUAUAUAUAUAAAUUUGUAAGAAUUAUUUUUCAAAUGUGACGUAGCUUAUUUAAUGAGAAGUCCCUGGGUGAAUGGAUAUGAUGUAUGAAUGAGAGUCUUGAGAAAUAUAAAUAUAUUUUGCAUUUA